CCCUCCCUCCCUCCCUCCCUCCCUCCCCUCCGAGCUGAAGCAGAAGGAUGGCGGCGAUGCCCGUGUCCCUGACCGUCCCCCAGCGACUCCUGCGCGGUUGGUCGCUGGUCGCCGCCACCGCCGUCUACGCGCUGUGCUCCGGGUCACUGGAAUUCAUCAACAGCGUCUUCAUCAUUCAAUACCGCUUCACCUUCCCGGCCUUCAUCGCACUCAGCCAGGCACUGUUAACCAUUCUGGUGCUGGAAUUGCUGAGGUGUUUCAGAUUGCUGAAGAUCCAGCCCUAUUUACUGGAGACUGGAGAGAAGCUGCUGAUACCUUCCAUCUGUUUCAGCUUUCACUCUGUCUUAACCCUUUGGGCUGUGAGCAGUUCCAAUUUGAAAAUCUUCAUGUUCAUCAGACGGUUUACACCUUUGGCUAGUUUAGCACUGACAGCAACUUGUAACUUGAGAAAAAGAACAUCCUGCAGUAGAUUCUUCUUGAUAUUACUGGUCACAAUAUGUUCAGUUCUUUCAGGGCUGGAAUACUUCGACCUCAAAGGUAUUGUGUGUCUGUAUGGAUUUAUAAGCAUCAUGUUUGAAAGCACAUACCUCACUUUGAUUCAGAAGAUUGGUGAAGAUUGUGAGAAAUCAGCUAUGGACAUUUACUACAUCUGUACCAUCAACAGCUGUCCAAUGCUCUUUCUGUACUGUGUUCUCCAUCCAGAUUCCUCUCAGAUCUUCCCGUCAGGCAGCUGGAACAGCUUAAUCUUUCUAGGAUAUUUCGCCUUGGUAUUAGUGUUGGGAUGUUUACUGAAUUUCUUCAUUUAUCUGUGUGCCUUGCUGAAAUCAGCGUUGAUGGCAAACAUGAUGGAGGUUGCAAAGAUAAAUGUAAUGACUCUGAAAACCAUAGCAACACAUCAAAGAAUGACUUCAUCAGUGCCACUUCUCAUCAGCGUUCUCAUCAGUGCUGGUGGACUAGGCACCUAUAUGUACCAGGACUCUAGAGACAAACCAUUAAGAAAAGAGACAGAAGGAAUCCUUAUCUAAAAAUUAUGCAUCCCAAAUUUUGGAAUGUAAUGAAGUGUUCAGAAAGGGCUCCUAGAGCCCCAGCCCUACAAAGGUCUACACCCUUCUCCUUGCCACAAUUAUUGUCUGUUUAGUUUUUGCAACUGAACAAACAUUUUGUCUCUAUGGUUAAUUUAGCACUGGUGCAUUAACAUUGCACAGAGCUGUUGGCAGACAUGUUAUUUAUAUGCCAAUCUCCUUCCUCAUUCCUGAAAAUGUUGGACUCCUUGAUCUACUUCAACUGGAUGUGUCGUUCCAUGGACACAGGAUUUCAAUAUCCUCCAGUAUGUUGCCCAAGUGGCUCACAGUCUAGGCUGACACUCCAAACCAAUGUUGGAGAGUGCUUCAU